AUGAACACACCUCAGCAACAUGCUUCAAAGUUUAGUACCGGACAACUGAACGAUGUGCUUGAGAUUGAGGUGGAUGGAGCUUUCUCUGAACAGAAUGCAUUAUGGGGUUGCUUAAUGGGCUUAAAACGUGCUUGGGAUCUGGGAGAAAAGAAGGUUAUUCUUCGCUGUGAUUCUUCUGACGCUGUUCAACUUAUCCUUGAGGAGGAAAAUAGUCUCCACGAAGACGGAUCAAUUAUCCAUGAAAUCAAAACCAUGCUGAAGCGGAGCUGGCAAAAAGCUAAAUCCUUUCAAACAAUUCCAGCAGAAAUAAGGGGGGAGGAGGUGAGCAGAAGGUGGAUAACCCCUGAAAAGGACUGGGUUAAAGUUAAUUCGGAUGGUUCAAGCAGGGGAAAUCCAGGACGAGCGGGAUGCGGUGGGGUGAUUCGAGACCACCAUGGGGCUUGGAUCGUGGGUUACUGUAGAGAUGUGGGGUGGAGCACAGCCUUUGAAGCAGAAUGUUGGGGGGCGGGUGAAGGAAUAGAGGUGGCGAGGAAACUGGGUUUUCAAAAAAUUCAUCUUGAAAUUGACUCUGAAGAGCUUCUUUAUGCUUUGAAAGGGAAGGAGAUUGAAGGAGGAAAACCGCCUAAUUGUGUGAGGAUGAUGAGAGAGGCUGUUGAACGCUGCAAGCAAUUUAGAUUUUCUCUUACUCGCAGAUCGGGCAACCAGUGUGCUGAUGCUAUGGCAAAGUUGAGUCUUGAGAAAGACCUGGGAAGAGAAUGUCAAUUAUUCUUUGAGAUUCCUCAGGAAGUUGUGCGGGUGGCAAGAGAUGAAGAGGCGCAGAUGAUCUGGAGAGACACGGGUUGA